AUGUUAGGUUACUCCAAGAAAGGCAGGAAUGAAUGGAAACACAGAUGGGGUUUCUUGGCACAAGACGUCAAACACACCCGGAGACAUGACAACCGGCUCAAAGACAUCUUUAUACAGUGCGUGCAUUCGACGGGCCUGGAGAAGGACGACUAUCAGCGCGUUCUCUGCAGCAGCGAGCUCUGCCCGUACGGCAACUGGAUGCACAUUCAGUGCUUCUACGAAUAGAGCUCCAUCCUGAUCCAGUUCAACUGCAUCGGCCAGGCGCGAUCCUGGAACGAGAAGUAGUGCCGGCAGAACAUGUGGACCAAGAAGGGCUACGACCUGGCCUUCAGGUUCUGCUCCUGCCGCUGCGGACAGGGCCAUCUGAAGAAAGACACCGACUGGUACCAGGUGAAGCGUUCGCAGGAGGAGAGGAAGAAGAAGCCGUCGGAGAGGAGUGCGGGCAGGAACGGGUCCAGCGGAGGAGCGUCGGGGGACGGGCUCUACGAGGAGCCGAAGAGGAGCAAACCUCUGGGGGCCAUGGGGGGAGGGAAGCUUCCCCACAGAGCCUCGAGUCAGGAGUUUCCUCGGAGAGCUUCAACGGACCGUCAGAACUCCACAGAGAGGGGAGCAGCAGGAGGGGGACCCUUCUCCUUGGGGCCUCCUCUGAAGUCUCCAUGCGACUCCCCGGGUCAGUCUCCUCCAGCUGGCUUCCCUUUCUCCCCCAGUGCUGUGCUUGGAGCAGCGGGACUGCGAGGGUCCCGUCAGCUGGGGGAGUUCUUCAAAUCGGCCGUGCACAUGGACCCGCAGAGGAAACACCUGCUGGUGGGAGGAGCUCUGGGUCGGGGGGGGUGUUCGAUGGGGGCCUCUGGGUGUGGAGCUCACCUGGACCCCGGUGUGAUCCCCCUGCCGCUGUCCUUCUCUCUCCCCCUCCACCAGCGCCUCAGCUCGGGCAGUGUGGGUGACGGAGCCCACUCUCACCCAGUGCAGUUCCUGAGGAGGCUGGACCUCUCGGAGCUGCUCACCCACGUCCCCCGACACAAACUCAACACCUACCACGUCCGCAUGGAGGACGACGCCCAGGCCGGCCAGGGAGAAGAGCUGCGCAGGUUCAUCCUGUCAGCCCUCAGUGCGAGCCAGAGGAACGUGGUGAACUGUGCGCUGUGCCACCGAGCGCUGCCUGUGUUUGAACAGUUCCCUUUAGUGGACGGGACUCUGUUCCUCAGCCCGUCACGCCACGACGAGAUCGAGUACGACGUCCCCUGCCACCUCCAAGGCUCAGUCUAAACUGUAAGGCAGCUGUGGGAAGCC